CGUGUCCACGUCGGCUACCGGAAGCGACGUCAUCUGAUGGAUUUAAAGCUUUUUAUUUUAUUUUGCUGGAUAAAGAUGAAUCUCGUUCGAAGAAAAUUGAUUUUUGUCGUUAAUCUGUGACUCAGGGGUAGGAUCCACCCGUGAUUAAAACGACUGGUAUGACGUGACGGCCAGUGUUAAUUUGUAUCAAAAUUACCAGGGGAAAGCAACACCUGGGUCCACAUAGUACAUACCCAACCAUGAGGAGGUGACAGCCAGAUAACUCUGCUGCUAGGUCUUGCUGCUUGGACAUAUGGCAAGGAUCACUUUCUCAUGCCUGCCAGCCUCCUGGUACUGCAGUGUGUCCUUGCUGUCUCUGGGUUGUGUGCCCAGGCAAAGGGCCUUCUUCCUGGUGUUCCUCACCUGCUCUGCCCUGGUUUUCCUGGGGGUCUACCAGACUGAGCUCUGGAGGCCCCAGCGCCACAGGGGACACGUCAACAAAUACCUCUCAUCUGUGGAGACCAUGGAGGCUACUGAUGUCACCAACGCAGCUCUAAACUAUGGGAUCGUGGUGGACUGCGGCAGCAGCGGCUCCAGGGUGUAUGUGUACUACUGGCCCCCCCACCAUGGAAACCUCCACACCCUGCUGGACAUCAGGCAGAUGAGGGACCACGACCGCCACCCUGUGGUCAAGAAGAUCAAACCUGGUAUUUCCACCAUGGCGCUGAGCCCAGCCAAGGCCAGUGACUACCUCCACCCCCUCCUUUCCUUCGCUGCCACCCAUGUCCCCAGGAAGAAACACAAGGAGACUCCUCUCUAUAUCCUCUGUACUGCUGGAAUGAGACUGCUGCCUGAGAGUCAGCAGGCUGCUAUCCUGGAGGACCUGGUAAGAGAUGUUCCAGUGGAGUUUGACUUCCUGUUCUCCAGCUCCCAUGCAGAGGUGAUCUCUGGAAAACAGGAAGGUGUGUAUGCAUGGAUUGGUAUUAACUUUGUGUUGGGACGCUUUGACCAUGCAGAGUAUGAAGAUGAUGCAAUGGUGGAGGUCACUACAGGGUCACAGAACCAUCACCCAAUUAGCCGGCGGCGUACAGUGGGCAUCAUGGACAUGGGUGGAGCCUCGCUGCAGAUAGCCUAUGAGGUGCCUAGCGCUCAUGCAGUGGUUCUCUGUCUCCCUCUACAGGAGGAGUCGGGUAAGAGCCUGCUGGCAGAGUUUAACCUGGGCUGUGAUUCAGAGCACACGCAGCACGUCUACCGUGUAUAUGUCACCACAUUCCUGGGCUUCGGGGGGAACAUGGCUCGACAGCGCUACGAAGACCAGCUGGUCAACUCCACCAUCACCAAGAACAGGCUGACAGGCGAUCAGACAGGCAUGAUGGAAGCCACUCCCCUUGCGGACCCAUGCCUCCCUGUCGGCCUAUCAGACGUGGUGCGUCGGGACGGCCGUGCGGUCCACCUGAGAGGGCAGGGGGACUGGGUGCGGUGCCAGGGGGCAGUCAGGCCUUUCCUGGGUCUCCACAAUGGCACCAUGGGAUCCCCCAGGGGGGUGUACCAGGCCCCCAUCGACUACAGCAACUCAGAGUUCUACGGCUUCUCUGAGUUCUUCUACUGCACUGAGGAUGUACUGAGGAUGGGGGGACCGUACGACAGCGCUAAGUACUCCAAGGCUGCCACGGACUAUUGUGCCACCAAGUGGUCGACCCUCACCAAGCGUCUGGACAGCAAGCUGUUCUCUAAACAAGCAGACUCCUCCAGACUGAAGUACCAGUGUUUUAAGUCAGCCUGGAUGUUCCAGGUGCUCCACUCAGGCUUCAGGUUCCCUAAGGACUACCCCAGCCUGAAGACUGCUCAGCUGGUCUAUGACAAGGAGGUGCAGUGGACCCUGGGAGCCAUCCUGUUUAAGACGCGCUUCCUGCCUCUCAGGGACCUCCAGGCAGAGUCAUUUAAACAGGGCCACUCCAACUGGCUGCGUUCCUCCUUCGUCUACAACCACUACCUGUUUUUUGCCUGUAUCCUGGUGGUCCUGCUGGCCAUUCUGCUGUACAUCCUCCGCCUCCGCAGGAUCCACCAGCGAGAACAGAGGCAGGCAGAGGCCCUGGACCUGCUCUGGGUGGAGGAGGGGGAGGCUCUUCUGGCCUGAUCCAGGAUCAGUUUAGACUCUGAAUCUUUCUUGACCUGAGGCCUUGGGUGUGAGGGGGUUACUGAUCUAGGAUGAGUCGAGAUGCUCUCAGUAACUGGUGUUCAUAGCCUGGUAUGCACAGCUCUAGGAUCAACCUUUCACCCUCUGAGUUGUAGGCUUGACUGGUGCUCUAUUUGUUAAGAGGCACUGAUCUAGGAUCAGAUUAUCAACCCGCAAAUCAUGACCUUGACUGAGACCAAUGAUCUAGGACCAGCUUAGUCACGCUGAAUCAUAACGUUGACUAUUGGCUAGAAAUGCAAUAUCAACGUCAUCCUACAAGGAAGGUUUUAAUUAUGGGGGUGCUGGACACUCCUGUUUCUUUAACAAAUCUUUACACCCUAGAUACAGAUAUCAACGUUGACCUGACCGUGAGCACCCUCGUAAAACAGAAAAUAUCAACCAAGGUCCAAAUCACUAUUUAUAGUAACCUCUGACCUAGAGUGUUGAUGUAAACAUAAGUAGGAGGGGCCAUGGAACCGGAACCUUCAAAAGGGGGAGAAUUGCAGGAUGUGGGCGAAACAUCAUGAAGGGAGAACUAGAUCGUUAAAACAACGAAACAGGAGAAUCCCAACAGGUGAACGACUGAGGACCGAGCCAUUCUAUUUCUAUUGGAGAUAAUUCACUGUUGCAGAGGGACCACUGUGUUGGACAUUUUGUGUGAAGGAAGGUGAAGCUUGACAUCUGAGGCUGAAGUUGCCCUUAACCACAGAUCUAGAAUCAAGUAACUUACUCCUAAUACUAACCUAUCUGUGGUUAGUGGUAACUUCUAGCUACUCUUUGAUGAAAAGGGUGCCUCUAUGAUUGUCUGUUUUGGACAGUAUUGUAACCAUGAUGAUAGUUUCUAUCUGACCAGUAUACUUUCUGUAAAUCUCACAAACAGGAAGUGCAUUAAUUCCUUAAUAAUCCCACUGUGGGAAUGCUUUUGUAUUGAAAAACUACAAUCAGGAAUCAAACAUGGGGCGGCAGGUAGCCUAGUGGUUAGAGUGGAAGGACGGCAGGUAGCCUAGUGGUUAGAGUGGAGGGGCGGCAGGUAGCCUAGUGGUUAAGAGCGUUGGACGAGUAACCGAAAGGUUGCUUGAUCGAAUCCUCGAGCUGACAAGGUAAACAUCUGUCAUUCUGCCCCUGAACAAGGCAGUUAACUCACUGUUCCACAGGCGCCGAAAGACGUGGAUUUCGAUUAAGGCCCCUCUCUGAUUCAGAGGGGUUGGGUUAAAUGUGGAAGACAUUUCGGUUGAAUGCAUUCGGUUGUACAACUGACUAGGUUUCCCCUUUCCCUUCUCAAACAAUUUAUUACAGGGGUUCAUUGAAUGUCCUUAACGUUUUUAAACGUUUUGUUUUGGUGCUGGGAACAGAUUGUUCUGAGCCAGUUAUGUUGAUGACAAGCUAGGAGCGAAACGGGUUGUCAGUGUUUAAUGGAUUGUAGUUGAUGCCUUCUGAUUGCAUUGUGUUGAACUGUGGUACACACACACCCGCACACGCAACUGAACUCCAAGUUGUGUGUUACGAUGGGUCUAUGUCAGACUGUCAAUGUUAGUGACCCACUAGCUCCUCACCUGCCCUGUACUGUAAAUAUCUAUUCAGACAUCACUAUCGGUCUGCUCUACUCCUCUUGAUAAUGUUGGGAGGUAUUGCUGUUGUUAAAUGAGAUGCAUUGAAUUGCUAAUCAAAGGAGCUCUCUUGUUAUUUUGAAGCUGUAUAAUUUGAGUCGUCACAGUGGAAGUGUAGCGUCAGUGAUUUUAAUGUCAAUUCAUCUUCCUUUUCUCUUUGGACUCUUUCUCCGGCUGAACCCUUCAGUGCAGCAUCUGAAUGGGGUCUUAUACCUCCCCUCGGUUUGACCCCUUUGUUUUGUUGUUUACAUCUACAAGAGGAAGGGGCCUCUAAUUGUUGCAGCUCUAUUUUGAAUUUUGACUCUUCCUAAAUUAGGACCAAUGAUCAACUGGACCAAGUGUGUGUUCCAAAUGGCACCCUAUUCCCUAUAUAGUGCACUAUGUUAGUGGGGCCCUAUUCCCUAUAUAGUGCACUACUUUAGAGCAGGUCCCAUAGGGCUUGGGUUAAAAGUAUUGCACAAUGUAGUAAAUAGGGUGCCAUUUGGGACAUAAUCCUAACUGUCUUAUCGGUCUCUUAUUGAGGAAAAAUAACUACAUGGAUGUGGAAAACAUCUGUUUUAAAUAAAUCAAUGUUUUAAAACA